UCUAUGCUUGAUGGAGAAGGCGGAAGUGGCUGCAGGAGCGGCAACCGAGGGAAGAUGAAGGGCACCCGGGCAGUCGUAGUUUCUCCAGCCGCAGGGAAAACAUGUGACAGGGAUGCUGUUGCUGAAUCAAGUGAAGAUUAUGUUGUGGGGCAAGUGGCCAGCAGCCUCUUUCAAAACAAAUCUGCAACAUGUGAUUCAGAUUUCCUUGUACGACUCUUCAGUGCUCCUGGGGCUGAAAAACAGCCUAUGUAUGUUGCUGUGGCAAGAGAGAAUAAGAAACGCAACCAUAAAGAAGAGGAAAUUAUCACAGAAAUUCAAGGUUCAUCAACUAAAAGACAGCCUUUUAAAAAAAUGAAGAAAUUUAAGAAAGAUACCUCUCUAGCAGAUGAAACAGUAGCAAACAGGGAAUGUGCUUUGGCUCAUGUAACUGAAGCAGGAGGAAAGGAAGCAGUACAAAUGAAAAAUAGACACUUUCACUUGGCUACCAAACAUAUUCCAUCUUCAGAGGAAGAUGUUCAAAUAAAAAAAAAGAAAAUCCAAGUUAACCUGGUUAAAGAAAAGUUAAAGAACAAGAGGACUCUUUUUGUGGGGAAUUUACCUGUUACCUAUACAGCACAGAUGCUGAAGGCAUUUUUCAAAGAAUAUGGACAAAUUGAAUCAAUUCGUUUCCGUUCCUUGAUUCCAGCAGAGGAUGCAAUAUCCAAAAAAAUGGCAGCUAUAAAGCGAAAAAUACAUCCUAAUAUGAAAUAUGUUAAUGCUUAUGUUGUUUUCAAGGAGGAAUCCGCAGCAAGUAAUGCCUUAAAAUGUAAUGGAACAGAAAUUACCAGUGGAUUCCAUAUCAGAGUUGACCUUGCUUCAAAAUCUACUUGUCAUGAUAACAAGAGAUCGAUAUUUGUGGGAAAUCUGCCUUAUGAAAUUGAUGAUGAUACUGUAAGAAACCAUUUCUUGGAAUGUGGAAAUGUGACAGGUGUACGAAUUGUGAGAGAUCGAAACAUGGGCAUUGGCAAAGGAUUUGGCUAUGUUCUGUUUGAGACUACAGAUGCUGUACACCUUGCUCUGAAACUAAACCAAUCUGAAUUACAAGGAAGAAAGCUAAGAGUGCAACGUUGUGUAAAAAGAGAAAAAGCAGAACAGAAGAAUUCAGACAAAAAUGCAAAGAGCUCUGUUGGAUUGAAAUAUACAAAGACUACUUCUCUAAAAAAUGUGAAAGGAUCUUCUAGUAAUUCUUUUGUUGGUGAAAAGGCAGACCCAAUGAAAAAGUGCAAAAAAGCAAAAUCAAAAAACAGCAUGAAAAAAAUGAGGAAACCCAAAUGAUAUUGUUACUCUGCAAUGUUAUUGUAUUUUUAAAUAAAAUUUAUUGCAUAGACAA